AUCAGGUGAAAAGUAAAGCCGUGCAAGCUCGCGGUUUGAAUUUGAGCGCCCAUUUUAGAAGUGCUUGUUUCCUAAUAGGUCCGGUCAAUGCCUUUACAGCGCUUUGCUUCGGUUUGUUCGAAAAGUAGUCUACGGCAGUCUGUUGGUGUUUAUUUUGUGUUUGAAAGAUAACGAAUAGUGAGUGAUAAUGUCUGGUCGCGGAAAAGGAGGAAAGGGUCUUGGCAAAGGUGGUGCUAAGCGCCAUCGUAAAGUUCUUCGUGACAAUAUCCAGGGUAUAACAAAGCCUGCCAUUCGGCGCUUAGCUCGUCGAGGUGGAGUAAAAAGAAUUUCUGGCCUGAUAUACGAAGAAACUCGCGGAGUGCUUAAGGUUUUUCUGGAGAAUGUGAUUCGAGAUGCCGUUACUUACACAGAACACGCAAAAAGGAAAACCGUCACUGCUAUGGAUGUCGUCUAUGCGUUAAAACGGCAAGGUCGGACCCUGUACGGUUUUGGGGGUUAAGAUAUGAGCUAGUUAAUGUAUAGAAAUCAAUGGCUCUUUUAAGAGCCACU